AUUAAAAGUAUAAAAAUAAAAUUUUCUAGUUUUUUUUUGGCUUUAAAACUUACAUAAAGUUAAUAUCUCAUCGGGAAAAUAAAGAUUACCUAAUAAUCACUAUAGUUUUAAGACUUAAAACACAUAAUAAAGCUUUCACAAGAGACCAAUUCAAAAAGAAACCUAUAUGCUCUGACUACUGUGUAGCGAGUGUAAACAAAUACUAGCGUCAAAUUAGAAACAAUUUAUGUUAAUGAUGCUCUUCUUUAUGCUGCCUGAAGCACUCGAAUUUCCAAUUCAAUCGAAGCUCAUUUUGUUGAGCAUAAAAGACUGAACUCUGAUUAGUUGCCAAUAAAACAUUAACUCGAGUGGAACCGGGUCGUGGAAACUUUUCAUCAACAAAAAAAUGGCUGAUUUUCUUAAUGGAACCUUGACUAUUUCGGAAGAUCCUGUCCGUCUGCCACUCAUUGGCAGUCCAUGGCCAUCGGUGACCAUUAUCUCUUUGUAUCUGCUUUUCGUACUGAAGGCGGGAAGAAAGUUCAUGGAGAACCGGAAACCCUACGAUCUUAGAGGUGUCAUCAAGGUCUACAAUAUUGUACAAAUCCUGUACAACAGUGUGGUUUUCAUAGGCGGUAUUCACUUCUUGUUCGUUCUGAAGGCCUACGACCUAAAGUGCAUCAUGAGACUGCCACUGGAUCACGAGUACAAGGACAGGGAGCGUUGGCUUUCCUAUGCUUAUUUCUUCAACAAAUUCAUGGAUCUCAUGGAGACAGUUUUCUUUGUGCUGCGAAAGAAGGAUCGCCAGAUAUCCUUCCUGCAUAUCUUCCAUCAUAUUGUUAUGUCCUUUGGCGGAUAUAUACACAUUACCUACAGCGGCUAUGGUGGCACUCUGUUCCCACUUUGUCUCCUGAAUGUGGGGGUGCAUGUGGCCAUGUACUCCUAUUACUAUUUAUCCUCCGUCAGCAAGGCUGUUCAGACAAGUGGGUGGAAGAAGUGCAUUACCAUUAUCCAGCUGGUCCAGUUCAUUCUGGUCCUGUCAAACUUCAGUUAUACGUUGAUGCAACCCAACUGCAAUGCCUCACGACCUGUGAUCUACUUUGGCAUGGCGAUUGCUGCAGCUUUCACUGUGAUGUUUGCCAACUUCUAUCUCCAUGCUUACAUACUGCCCGGCAAGAAGAAGUCGACGUUGAAAGUCCAAUGAGCUUGGUAAUCCUUCUAAUAUGAAAAUGUUUCGCGAUUCCGAGAAUGUAAUAAACAAAUUUCCAUUCGAACAGAG